AUGUAGUUUCAUAAUUAAUUUGAAUUAAGAACAAAAACAACCUUUGUAGUUUGUUUUUUUCAUUUAAAUAUGCUAAUUAAGUACUUUUUAGAUUUCUUAAAACUAAAAGAUAAAAUUUCAUAGACAGAAUUCUAUUCGUUUCUUUUGUAUAAAUUAUGUAAAUAUAAUGACACAAGAGAAACCUUCAAAUAAUAAGCUAUCUAAAUAAUGAAGUUAACUUAUACAAUUUAAACAAUAUCAAUAGCAUUUUCUCUUAUUUUGAGAGAUACUAUUAAAUGA